CUUAAAUAUCCCUGAACCUAUAUCGAAUCGUCCAUAUUACUGUUGUAGUUCUCCGGGUGAGAGGAAGUGAGUGGAACCACGCUGAUAAAAUAGAUACAAUUGUGGCAAGAAAAGUCAGUGGAUAAAUCGUCCUGGAACGUUUGCGUAUUCGAAGCAUUACGCGUAUAGUUGUCAUAACUUACAUGGCCUUGCAACUCGCUUUGCUUAGAUUUCUUGUAGAUAUGUAUAUGGCAUUAGAAUUGACUGAGAGAACGAGAUAAAUGGUCUGCUUUGACAUCAUCGAUAUACGACUCAGCCAUUAGCCUACUAGCUCUAUCUGUAGCCUUUUUCUGUGUGUCAUUAUUUUCCAACGCAUGGCAUUAGCAAAGCUUACAUUAUCCACCAUGUCACGAUUGCAUAUCCGGACCCUAUUCUGUCAGAUAGAUAUAAUAAAACAGUUGCUCUCGUAGACGAACCGCACCUGUAAUAUUUAGACUGUUUCCCAUCAAACUGCACGACGUAGGCUAACGAAUAAGGCCCAGAGUAGUCAGAUGUCAUCCAACACAACCGAGCCGAAAUCACCUGCCAUCUGACAUACCCCAGACUACCUAGGCACCUUCCCGACACUGGGACAGGCCGUUCAUGACAGACCGUUCCUUGCAGCAACGUGGUGAAGUUGAGUACUAAUCACAGUAGUUGUAAUCCGCCGCACAGGUCAUUAUGUCGAGUAAGGAAAUGUCGGUAACCCAGUCUGCUCAGUAUGUUGGCCCCUAUAGACUGGAGAAGACCCUGGGAAAGGGACAGACAGGUCUGGUUAAACUUGGAGUCCACUGCAUAACUGGACAGAAGGUUGCCAUUAAAAUAGUCAACCGAGAGAAGCUCUCUGAGUCAGUGUUAAUGAAGGUGGAGAGAGAAAUUGCCAUACUGAAGCUGAUAGAGCAUCCGCAUGUGUUGAAACUGCAUGAUGUUUAUGAGAAUAACAAAUAUUUAUAUCUGGUGCUGGAGCAUGUGUCAGGUGGGGAGCUAUUUGACUAUUUGGUGAAGAAAGGACGACUGACACCUAAAGAAGCCAGAAAGUUCUUCAGACAAAUCAUCUCGGCCCUGGACUUCUGCCACAGCCACUCUAUUUGCCACCGGGACUUGAAGCCAGAGAAUCUGUUGCUGGAUGAGAAGAACAAUAUCAGGAUCGCUGACUUUGGCAUGGCCUCACUGCAGGUGGGGGACAGUCUGCUGGAGACAAGCUGUGGCUCCCCACACUAUGCCUGUCCGGAGGUUAUAAGGGGCGAGAAGUACGACGGUCGUCGGGCAGACGUGUGGAGCUGCGGGGUCAUCCUCUUCGCUCUGCUCGUGGGCGCGCUACCCUUCGACCAUGACAACUUGCGGCAGCUGCUGGAGAAGGUGAAGAGCGGGGUGUUCCACAUGCCGCACUUCAUUCCGCCCGACUGCCAGGCUCUGCUGCGGGGCAUGAUCGAGGUCGACCCCGAGAAGAGGCUCACGUUAGAGGCCAUAGAGAAGCACUCCUGGUAUCAAGCGGGUCGUAACGAGCCUCCCUGUCCAGAGCUGCCGGCCCCGAGGCGAGUGUGUGUGCGCCGGAUCGUGUCUCUGACCGAGCUGGACCCAGACGUGCUGGAGAGUAUGUACUCACUGGGCUGCUUCAGGGACCGCAACAAGCUCACCAGGGACCUGCAGUGUGAAGAAGAGAACCAAGAGAAGAUGAUCUACUACCUGCUGCUGGACCGUAAGGAGCGCUACCCGAGCUAUGAAGAUGAGGAUCUGCCCCCCAGGAAUGAUGUUGACCCGCCGCGUAAGCGAGUGGACUCGCCCAUGCUGACGCGCAGUGGCCGCUGCCGGCCGGAGAGGAAGAGCCUGGAGGUGCUGAGCGUGACAGAGCAGGGCUCGCCCACACCCCCGCGCAGGGCCCUGGACACGUCCGCACACAGCCAGAGGUCUCGUUCCGUCAGUGGAGCGUCCACUGGUCUGUCCUCCAGUCCGCUGAGUAGCCCCAGGGUGACGCCGCAGGGCUCGCCGCUGCCCACCCCGCUGGGCACGCCCGUGCACCACCCCCAGCACCCCCCUCCCACCCCCCCUUCCUCCUCUUCCUCUUCCUCGUCCUCGCGCGCCGAGGGCGGCGGCGGCGGCGUGGGCUCGCUCUCGCUCACGCCGCCCUCCAGCCCAGGAGGGGGCGCCGGCGGCAUGGCGGCCAGCAGCUCGGCCCACUGGAGGACCCGGCUCAACUCGUUCAAGAACAACCUGCUGGGCUCGCCCCGGUUCCACCGACGCAAGCUGCAGGUGCCAACCUCGGAGGAUAUGUCCAGUUUAACACCAGAGUCCAGCCCAGAGCUGGCAAAGCGGUCAUGGUUCGGGAACUUCAUCAGCCUGGAGAAGGAAGAGCAGAUCUUUGUCGUGAUCAGAGACAAACCACUCAGCUCCAUCAAGGCUGACAUUGUUCAUGCAUUCCUAUCCAUUCCCUCUCUCAGCCAUAGCGUUAUCUCCCAGACCAGUUUCCGGGCAGAGUAUAAGACAGCAGGAGGCCCAUCUGUCUUCCAGAAGCCUGUGAAGUUCCAGGUGGACAUCUCCUUCUCGGAGGGAGAGAGGGAGCGCGAGCGCGACCGGGACAGGGAGCGAGAGCGCGACGGCAAACGGGACCUGGGCAUCUAUAGUGUCACCUUCACACUCAUAUCAGGACCCAGCCGAAGGUUUAAGAGGGUUGUUGAGACAAUUCAAGCUCAGUUACUCAGCACACAUGAUCAGCCUUCUGUUCAAGCUCUUGUUGAUGAGAAGAAUGGUCGCCCACCUGGCACCCCGACGAGGCAGAACUCGCGUCGGUCAGAAGGAGGAGCCGACCGUUGUGAUUGGACAGAGCGAGGAGAGGGCGGGCCUUUGCUCCAGCGCCGAGGAUCAGGCAAAGAGAGGACCCGCCUGCUGUCCUCCAACGGGACCCAAUCACAGCCCUGAAUGAAACCCAAUCCACCAAUCCAGCAGCAUGUAUACAUAUGAGCCACACCUCCAAACCCCAGGAACACACUCUGAAAUUCUGUUUGAAAAUUGCCCACAGGAUGAUGGUAUCUUUUUUGCUCCUUUUGUUACUGAAAAAGGUGCUCCGCCAUGAAAGCAACAAGACCAAAUAUUGAGAGGAAGUCAGCUGAAAAUGUACCCAUUUGCCCAACAUGAGGACUGAACAAGGCAAAGCUGCCUCAACCAAUCAACCCUCCCCCACCCAAGUCAUGGGGCUAAAUAAUGAAGACAAAACAGCCCUGGAAGUAAAUGCAAAUUCUCUACUUCAAUACUGAUAGUUUCCGAAAAUAUCAGAAAUAUUUACAUGCCCCCAACUAUGAUUCCAUACGAUGGAAUAUUUAAUUCCUGAAAAUGUGGCAUAACAGUCAAUCAAUUGCAUUCUUUAACUUUAACCAAUCCCACUACCCCCCAACCUCCCACCACCUCCCUCUUUAGUUCAGUCUAGCGAACUGGAGCUGACCAAUGUUUCUGGUCAUUGACAAAUGCACUGAGGCAUGUCUGCGGUCAUCAGCGACUGCAGAACCCCUCGAAACACAUGACUCACCCUCUAUGUACGACGCACAUCCGAGGUAGCUGCCAGUGCCUGUCCACACAGAGCUUUGGCAGUCUCACAUGCAAUAAACCUAUCAAACCUAUAAGCUAAGACAGAGUGAGCCUACACUCCUGAAACUGCAGUCAGAGCCUAGAGUGCAUUUGCGGUAACCCUAAACGUCUCCAAAAAAAAAAAAAAAAAAAAACA